AUGAUUCGCGCGAAUAUACUGCGACGAAUAAGACCUCAAAAGAUAUCCUGUCGACUAAAGUCUGAAAAGCCUGAUGCUCAUGAAAAAUCGUCUCAAGCUGAGUUAAAAACAUUUUCCGACGACCGUGUCUCAUCUCACUUGAAAUCAAAUCCAGAUCAAGUGCUCAGAGCGAAUGAAUUUCUCGACGAGCUCGAUAAGCCGAUGAAAGCAUCAGAUUUGGAGAAGAGAGGAGCAGACGAAAUUUAUGAAAAAUUCAUGGAGAUGAAGGAUUACGACGGAGACGGACGAGUUCAGCGAAAUACAUAUGCUCGUCUCCAAGCUUUUGGAUUACAAGCUGGAUCCAUCGCACCACAUAUAAUCAUGGAUGAAAAUCACGCUGAUUUCUUAAUCAUCGGUGGAGGGCUGGCAGGGAAUGUCCUAGCGAAUAGAAUUUACAAUGCUUGUCAAUCCGUCGGUAUCACAAUGUCUGGUAGAUUCUUUGAAGAACAGUUCUCCACGAGGCCGGAUUUAGAGCCCCCGAAAAUAGUGAUUUUGGAGAAGGACCCAGAUGGAGUUGUAGAGAGGAGUCACUUAAAACCGGGAAUAAGCAGGGUUCAGUGGACAAAUGAGAACAAUAUCGGCAUGGCAAAGGCAUCUAUGCGGUUCUUGAGAGAACUAGAAGUAGAACUUGCUGUUCUAGGAGAACAACCGCCAGAAAUCAACUUCACUCCUCAAGGGACCCUUCUUUUGGGAACAAAAGCAGAUCAAGCUCACAUGCUGGAAUCAUACUAUACCCAAGAAAAAUGCGAAACAGAAUGCAGAUUGUACAGAGGAAAGGCAUUAAAAAGAAUGUUUCCGUGGUUGAAUACUGAAGAUAUCGAUAUGGCGAGUUAUUCGCUGGAAGAGGAAGGAUUUUUCGAUACCAGAGAGCUUUUGGAAGCGUUCAAAAGGAAUAAUAUUUCAAAGGGGAUUAAAUAUGUUAAGGGAGAAUUGACAACGUUCAACCCGAUCCACUGUAAUGAAGAUUUCGACAGAAAGGAUCGAACAGUCAGUUCAAUUGGCAACAACAAGUUCUCCAGAUCGUAUGCCACCAUGACGACGCCACAAGGAAAAGUCCCAAUCAAUCACCGAGUCAACGAAUGUCACGUUAAGGUUGAUGAUUUUCCGAUUGAUGUGCCGAUAUCCUUCUUCCGCGCUUUUCUCUGUACCGGUUCAAGUACAGCUGAUGUCUUGGAGAAAAGUGGGCUGAUAUUUGAUGAAGAUCCUGAAAUGACAAGCAUGCAGAGAUCAUUGAUUCCAAUUCAAAAGAGGAUACGCAAUAAUUUCCUGCUCUUUUGCCCGGAUCUGCCUGUUUUGGACAUGCCAAUUUUAGUGGAUCCAGACGGGAUAGUCUUGAAAAGAGAAGACUUUGACGGUCAUUAUGUGGCGAUGUACCAUCCGCGUAACGACGAGAAUCCUGAAAUAAAAGGUGGCGAUCCAGAGGUGGACUGGCAGCUUUGGCACGAGCCCAAACUGAUUCACAGAGUGCCCGCUUUCGAGAACCACGAAGUCAAGGCCGCCUGGUGCAACACAGUUGACGUUAACACCUUCGACCACAACCCUAUUGUCGGCUCACACCCUUACUGGAGAUCGAUUAACCUUUUCUGCGGCUUCGGUGGGCACGGCCUCGCGCAAAUGAUAGGCGCCGCGGACUUUUUUGCUAUGAAAGAGUACAACCCGUUUUAUGAUCAACAAUCAAUGCAUCAUGUAAAUCUGCGAGAAAUCGACAAAUCGGAGUUCCGAGUUAGCCCUGGAAACAUUCGAAAAACAUACCCAAUCAAUGAGACGACCUUGGCUGUAUUCACAGAUAAUUGCGAGCUGUUUAUAAACACAAAUCCUGAUGGUAAAACUAUCACAUACCCAGGCGAAGACACGUGCCGAAAUAAAAACACGCGAACUCUAGCAAUCUUUGAUGGCUUCGAAACCGCAUCCGGAAAAAACAACGGAAAUAAUCAAAGCAGACUUUCUUAUCUCCGUUGUUAUGCAGAUGAAGAGGACUAUGACCGCGAAUGUGAGGUGCUUAAUUCUCAAACACUUUUGAAGAAUGCAACGCUGUCGGAGCAGGCUGCACCGGGCGGAAAACCUAUAACUCGGCACUUAUUCUACAGCGACAAGUAUCCAUUGUCAGUUAGGAUCCUGGGCAAGGAGACUGGGAAAGAGACAUUGGAGUACUUCUAUGUCCUGUAUCAGACGAACUCUGGCGUAUAUGUCAAGAAAAUCAUCAGAUCUUUGAAGAAUAACAAGGCUCUUUGGCGAGGAGAUCUAAGAGAGAAUAUUCGUUUAUCAACUGAACUGGCGGACACGAUUGACCUUGUUGCCUAUAAAAGUGUAUCCCAGAUUUUGUUGAUUGGCAAUUUCCCAUCAAAUAAUCCCUCAAUUAAACUUUACGGCGCUUCAUUUACGAAAUCCUUGGGUACCAAAAAACUUAUCUGCAGAAGCCCCGACAAUGGAAUCACCUAUAAAAAGAUAACGACGAGUUUUAUAUACAACGAGAAUAUUUACGCACUCUUCAAUUACGAUGAGUCGGCGCUUUCACACUCAGCACUUUGUGUUUUUGACAUUUCUGAUCUUGAAAACAACGAUGAAGACUUACUUGGUGAGUUUCAUUUUGGAUACUCUGUUCUUGAACACAAUGAUCAUUUGGAUUCUUUGGCAGCGAAUGAUAAAUUCAUUGCGAUGCUUUCAACUUCUGGCAAGUUGAUUUACUCAAAAGAUCAGGGCUCUUCUUUUACAGAAGUCGAACUUUUACCUCAACCUCUUACAAAUGGCUACAUGGAUAUUGCUGGACAACAUCUAUUGCUAUCAUUUGACUCGACUUAUUACCUUUAUGAUUUUAACGCGCCGCGUCCAACCCCGUCUCCGAAAUCUCUUCCAACGGAAACAAAUGUGGUAACGGACAAGCUUACUAAAACUCACAAUACAACUCUGGCGGUCUCUUCUUAUCCAACAAUUUAUGUUUCCGAGCAAACACCUCUUCCGCAAUUAACGUCAAGUCUCGUACCGUUUAGCUUAUCGUCUGUUCCUGCCUUUAUCAUCUACUCGAUGGGCUUAGCGAUUAUUUUACUGCUGGCUGCCGUUGUCUAUCUUUAUUGCACGAAGAAAGGAUCAGAUGACAGCAAGGAUGAAAACUUAGAGAUAACACUUUCGGAAUCAUCGACGCGACGAACUCUUCUUUCAAGUGAUACAGAUUCGCCCCAAUCGACGCCAUCAUUCCCUGAUGAUUCUUAUUUGCAAUUUCAACUUCCUCCUGUGGUCCUCACUUCCUCGGAAGAUCAAUUUGCUUCGAUAAAUCAAAUUCCUUCAUCACGAGAUUCUCCGCCGUAUCAAAGUCAAACUCUCCCGACAAAACGAAACAGAAGCUACAAUGGCCAAACUGCUCCGCUUAUCUCACCUAUCACUAGAAGACACAGGACAGAGUCUAUUGUUUCACAAGUUUGA